AUGCCCAAAGUCCUGAAGAAUGUUGUACGCCCCUCGGGGGCAGAGGACCUAAGUACCGCAAGGGCGGUGGUCCGCAGCCUGGGGGGUUUCAGCCUGGGCUUGUCUUUGGCGACAGCCUAUGGGCUCCUGGAGCUGCUGGUGGAAGGGCACAGCCCCUGGGGAUGCCUGGUGGGCACCCUGACUCUGGCUGCCUUCCUCAGCCUGGGCAUGGGGUUCUCCCGCCAGGUCAGAGUCACCGUCCUCCUGCUGUUGCCCCAGGCCUUUUCCAAGCAGAGUCGGACACUGCUGCUGGUGGCUGCUUUUGGGUUGGUGCUGCAAGGGCCUUGUGCCAACACCCUUCGCAACUUCUCCCGGACCAGUGAGGCCGUGGCCUGUGGGGCCGAGCUGGCCCUGAACCAGACUGCCGAAAUGCUGGAGCGGGCUAAGCAGCCCCUUGUCAGUGCCCUGAACAAGAUUAAAGCCAUUGCCCAGAAGGCCAAAGAGGUGGCUGAUCAGGUCCGCAAGUUCUUUCGGUCAAUCAUGGAUGGCGUGAAGCAUGUAGCCAGGGCCCUGCGCAACGUGUGGUACUGGCUCCUGCACAUCGGAGACGUUUGCAACUCGGAGCUGGGCAACCCUUACUUGAAGUGUGCACGGGUCUUCGAUGACGCCAAAGACAGCUGCAUGAAGGUCAUACCGCAAGCCUACCAUCUGUGUUACGUGCUGAUGCCCUUCAAGCUGGUGCUCUGUGGACUUGCCAGCGUGGUCCAGGUGUUCUGCAUCGUCCCCACGUACAUCCAACCCUUCUUGCGCAAGACGAUAAGCACCCCUGUGAAGAAGUUGAUUAACCGGGUGCGUCAAGAGUUCGAAUUCAACGUGACAGCCACCCACCACUUCUCUGUGGAUCUCAAUGCCUCUCGGAGCCUGUCCCAGGUCGCUCUGGACCUCCACGAGGCCGUCAGCAUGAAGCUGUACCGCGUCCGGGAGGCGCUGGCGUUGAUGGGCUACACCACGCCUCUGCUGCUAGUGCUUCUUUACCUCCAAGCCCUGUUUUACCGGUACGGUUACCUGAACUGGGACAGUUACGACAACAUCUACAUUACCAGCCGAUUCCUGCGCAUGGACGCUGUCCGCUCCGCGGCGGGACUGCCCACAGUGCUGCCGCUCAGUGCCCACGAGGCCAGACAUUACAUCCAGCCCGGCUCCGUGUUCCUGUCCCUGCGGGAGCAGAUUUUUUACAUCCUGGCAACCUUCCACCUUAUCCGGCACCUCCUCCUCGUGCUGCUCCUGGUCUUCCUGGACUAUGCCGUCUUCUGGGUGCUCGACCUGGCCCGGCACGAGCUGCAGGGGGAGAUGGUGGCCCGCAGCCCUAUGUUAGUAUCCAUAACCGUGGAAGGCAAUGGCUAUUCUGGGAGGAUUUUCCGGGAUCUGGUAUCGGCAUUUGACGUCCUGCAGCAAGGCAACAUCACUGUCUUGUCCCGGCGCUGUCUCCUGCGUCCCUCGGAGCCUGACACCACUGGCUACAUAGUCAUUGGCGUCAUGUAUGGCCUAUGCGUCUUCAUCACCCUGUUUGGCAGCUAUGUCAGUCGGCUGCGGAGGGUCAUCUGUGCUUCCUACUACCCCUUCCGGGAGCAGGAGAGGAUCAUCUACCUCUACAAUGUUCUUCUGAGCCGCCGAUCCAACCCGUUUGCUGCCCUGCACCGAGCAGCGAGGCGGCGGGCAGCUGACCAGGGCCAGAUGAGUGUCCUCCAGGUGCUGGCCAGGCGGUGCUUCUGCCUGGCGCCGUUUAUCAGCUGCGUUUGGCAGCCCCACAUCUACUGCCUGGGCUGUGGGCAGCCCCAGGACGAGGGGGCCAUGGAGAGCUUCGUGUCCUGCAGUACCCCGGGCUGCCGAGGUCUCUUCUGCCCCACCUGCUUCGGCCUCCUGGACAACACCUGCUCUGUGUGUGCAUCUCCCCUCUCCUACCAGGGAGAGCUGGAUCUGGAACUGGACUCCAGUGAUGACGAGGGCCCCCGGCUAUGGUUGGCUGCAGCUCGAAGAAAGGACCCCGCGAAGGAGGUGUUACUGCGGCAACGGCUCCAAGAAGCUCUGGGCAGGACCCUCUCGUCAGAGUCCAGCUCUGAGUUCAGUGACCUGGACGAGGAGAAGGGGCCCAGGCAGAGGCGGCACAGGCCGUGGGGCCUACCUAAGGCGGGGUUUGUCAGCAUUCCCAUGCCUUUUCGCGUCGGAAGUCCUCUGCCCCCAAAGCAGCCCCUCCCCAGCUUCAGAACUGCCCCCCACUCCUCCUCCGGAUCCCUCCCACCUACCUCCGAAUAA